AUGGUGUUGUCAGAGCUGAGAGAUGAAUUUUGGAUCCUGAGAGCCCGACAGACGAUAAAAAAGGCACUACACCACUGCCUGCCCUGCAAAAUUUCGAAAAACACCCGAGGCCAAGAAAUUGAAGCACCACUGCCAGCCGAUCGUCUCAAACCCACUAAGCCCUUCACCGUCACCGGUGUUGAUUUCGCAGGUCCCCUCUAUGUCAAGGUGGGGAGCCUGACACAGAAAGCUUACAUCGUACUCUUCACCUGCGCAACAACCAGAGCUCUGCAUCUUGAGCUUGCCUCGGAUAUGGGUACCGACAAGUUUCUAAUGGCCUUUAGAAGGUUCUCCGGAAGAAGAGGAAUCCCACAAACCAUAUACUUUGACAACGUGAGGACGUUCCACGCUGCUAGCAAGGAGUUGGCAGAGCUCAGUCAGGUUUUUGCCGACCAACGAACAAGCCAGCACUUCGCCCACAACGGAAUCUCGUGGAAAUUCAUCGCAUCACGGGCGGCUUGGUGGGGAGGCUGGUGGGAACAAAUGGUGGGAACAGUAAAACGUUGCCUAAGAAAGGUGUUGGGUAAAAGCCAAAUCAAUGAAGAAGCCCUUGGAACACUGUUAAUGGAAGUAGAAGCCACCAUAAAUUCUAGACCAAUCGUUCAAGACGACUCCGAUGUGCUGGCGCCAACUCACUUUCUGAAUGGUGAACGCUUGACAGCAUUGCCCACCGGUCUGGAGCCCACCACCCGAGACAACCUCAGAAAAGAAGACAGACUUAGGGAGGAAAUCCAGGAAGACUUCCUAAAGACCCUGACUACUACAAUAAGGAAGUGA